AUGGUGGAUAUUUAUGAGAGUGCAGAUGCUGCAAUAGUCCCCGAUCCCAGCACAGAGACGGACGAUGCCUCCGCUAAGAGAAACCCAGCAGCUCAGUGCAAAGAUAUGUAUGCACAGCAGGGGUGGUUUUACUUCAGUUCCAGUCUGUAUUACCUUUCUACUGAAAAGAGGAGCUGGAGUGAGAGCAGACAGGACUGUAUAAAGAGAGGAGCAGACCUGGUCAUCAUAAACAGUGAAGAGGAACAGGAGCUUGCAGUUAAACUUAAAAACCGUUUGACUGUUUGGAUUGGUCUGACUGACAGAGACACAGAGGGGGUGUGGAAAUGGGUGGAUGGUACAGCACUGAGCACUGGGUACUGGUACGGAGGACAGCCCAAUGAUGGUGGUUACUAUGGAAAUGAGGACUGCGUUAUUAGUGGCCACACAUAUCAGAGUCUGAGAAGCUGGAAUGAUAUAUCAUGUUCCUCUAGAUUCUCCUGGAUCUGUGAGAAGAGAGCUUUCCACUGA